AUGCUGCAAGAAGCUGAAGCAGCGAUACAGAAAGAAAUGGAGAGAAUCCUGAAGGAGAAGGAAGAAGAGAUGAAGAGAGAGAGAGAGGAGCUGGAGAGAAAACAUGAGGAAGAAAUGGAAGCAAUGAAGAAAAGAAUAGAAGAAGAGAGAGCAGAAAUGGAGGUCGAAAGACAGCAGAGAGACAAAAAACUCCAAGAACUGCAGGAGAACAUCAACAAGCAGUCUGAAGAGAAGAAGAAAGAACAAGAAAUGAGAGAAGAAGAAGACAGGAGGAAAAGAGAGGAAGAAGACAUUCAGCAGCAGAAAUGGAAACAAAAUAUUGCAGAUCUGGAGGAAAAAUUAAGAUCAGAGUCGGAAUCAAAGGAAACGAUUGACAUCGAGCUGGAACGUUUUAGAGAAGAAAUGAGGGAACAACAACAGGCCUGGGAGAAGGAAAGAAAUGAUCUGAGGGACAAACGGAAACAAGAAGAUGAAGAGAAACAAGAAACACUCAGGAAACUCAAAGAAAAUCAUGAGCAGGAAAGAGAAAAACAUGACAAUCAAAGAAGGGAAGAGGACAGAAUCAGAAGAGAACAGGAGGAGAAAGUGAGGGAAGAAUUGGAGCGCUAUAAGACAGAAAUUAUGAAUUUGCAGAAGAAGUCGGAAGAGGACGCCAGAAAACAAGCUGAAGAAUUCAAUGAUUUCAAUGAGAAAAGGGAAAAGGACUUUGCAGCUCAGAUAGACAAACACAUGGAAGAAAUAAAGGAUCUGAAGAAAAACCUGCAGGACAAACAGAACGAUUAUGAAACAUUAAAGAAUCUGUCGGAACACAAUGAAAAAGUUAGAAAGCAAGAAAUAAAUGAACUGCAGGACAAACACAAAGGAGAAAUGGCUGAUUUAAUCCUGGUACUGCUGACCCAGAAGAAGGAAAACAAGAGAAAAAUCAGAAAAAUGCAGGAAUCACACAAAAAAGAGGUAAACAGACUAAA